AUGGCGCCGCAGCCGCUGUCGAAGGGCGGCGCGCCGCGCGGCAUCUCGCAGGACGGGAGGUUCACGCUGGCGCCUGAAGUGGCGAAGAGCCUGCUGCCGGGCUUGCAGGUCCCACUGCCGUGGGCGGACGAUGGCACGACGCCGCAGAUCCGCGCCGCCGCCAGCCUGGUCGGCGCCGACGCCGCGUCGCGUCGUGUGCUCGGCGAGGGCGGCGCGGCCGGCGUCUGCGUGAUCAAGGGCGUCGUCAGCGGCGGCGCGCAGCACCGGCGCCCCGGCCAGCACAUCCAAUUCCUGGAUGAGCUGAAGCGGCAGCUGGCCGAUCUGAGGGGUGCCGGCUGCCGGCUCGAGGCGGCGGCGUGGCGGUUGGGCAGGGGGGACGAGCUGUGGCUCGAGGUCACAGUGGUGGGCCCCGCCGGGCAGGACCCGUGCGGCGCAGGGCGCACCAACGCGAACGCCAGCGCUGGGCCCCGCGGCCGCACCCCGAGGGCGGCGCGCGCGCCCGCAUGCGCACCCAAGGUGGCGGCGACGCCAAAGCGGCCGUGCGGCGGCUCGAGCGCCGGCCCGCCGGCGCCGGGCAGCGGCGCCCGCGGCGGCGGCGCCUCUUUUUCUGACGAACCUUCGCGCGAUCAGGCGGCGGGGUCGCCGGCGGCGGGGUCGCCGGCGGCGGCGGCGGGCCGCGGGGCCCGCGGUGGUGGCGGCAGCGGCGGCUCGCCUGGUGGCGCUGCCUUUGACGCAGGGAGGGACCUCCCAGAGGUCAAAUCCCUAUUCCAGAUGGGUAUGGCGGCGACGGACCUGGCGCAGAAGCUGCAGCCCCGCGACAAGGGGCUGUUGAAAGACCUGGACGACGCGCUCAGGCUGAGCAACCAGGCUGUGAGGCUUGGAAAGGUUCAGGAAGGGUCACUGCUGGUCUGGUGGACUCGCGUGACCCUGGCCAGGACGUCAGGCGACGCGCUCGAGGCCCUGAGGAUGCUGCCGGCCAAGCUGCGGCAGGACGCGCAAGACUCGCUGCACAGCGAGACCGAGGGCGAGGGCGCGGGCGUCGGCGACGGCGGCGGCGGCGGCGGCUCUAAGGACGGCCUCUGA